AUGGUAGUAGUGAGCAUCUGCCUCGCCAUCGAGCAGCAACAGAACAGGUGUGACAAGGACGGGGAAGGCGACGACGACGAGGAGGAAGAGGGCAGGGAGGAGGAAGACGACGACGAGGAGGACCAGGACGAGGAGCUGGAGCAGGAGCAGGAGCAGGAGGAGAAGGAGGAAGAGGAGGAGGAAGAGGAGGAGGAGGAGGAGGAGGAGGAGGAGGAGGAGGAGGAGGAGGAGGAGGAGGAGGAGGAGGAAAAGGAGGAGGAGGAGGAGGAGGAGGAAGAGGAGGAGGAGGACGAGGAUGAGGAGGAAGACGACGAGGAGGAGGAGGAGGAGGAGGAGCGACGACGACGAGGAGGAGGAGGGCAGGGAGGAGGAAGACGACGACGACGAGGACCAGGACGAGGAGCAGGAGCAGGAGCAGGAGCAGGAGCAGGAGCAGGAGGAGAAGGAGGAAGAGGAGGAGGAAGAGGAGGAGGAGGAGGAGGAGGAGGAGGAGGAGGAGGAGGAGGAGGAGGAGGAGGAGGAAAAGGAGGAGGAGGAGGAGGAAGAGGAGGAGGAGGAGAGAACGAGGAUGAGGAGGAAGACGAGGAGGAGGAGGAGGAGGAGGAGGAGGAGGAGGAGGAGGAGGAGGAGGAGGAGGAAAAGGAGGAGGAGGAGGAGGAGGAGGAGGAGGAGGAGGAGGAGGAGGAGGAGGAGGAGGAGGAGGAGGAGGAGGACCAUGACGACGACGAGGAGGAGAAAGACGAGGAGGACGAGGAGGAAGAGGAGGAGGAGGAGGAGGAGGAGGAGGAGGAGGAGGAGGAGGAGGAGGAGGAGGAGGAGGAGGAGGAGGAGGAGGAGGAAGAGGAGGAGGAGGAGGAGGAGGAAAAGGAGGAGGAGGAGGAGGAACUGUACUGUAUGGUUUGUCCACUCGCUCAGUUUUUGUUGGCAGAGUGGUUCGGAGCAGCAGUGUGUGGUGCUGGGCCGUUGUGUGUGGUCAUUGGUGGUGUUGAGUGCCCGUGA